CUCGAGAUAAUAGCCGGACGGAGCCUUCAGAACUUGCACCUCCUUGUAACGAGCCGAAGGGAGCCAGACAUUGAGAGCACCCUAGAAGAUAUUGUAAACGACCAGAGUAGAAUCUGUCUCCAAAGCGCGCUAGUAGACAAAGACAUACAACGAUAUGUCCAAGACAGGCUAGCCACAGACAAACUCCUUCAAAAAUGGAGAAAGGAUGAUGUUAGACAGGAGAUUGAGGCUGUACUAAAAGAUGGGGCCAAGGGCAUGUUUCGAUGGGCUGCAUGCCAGGUUGAUAGUUUAGCAAAGUGUCGCAAUCGCGCAACACUCCGCAAGACUCUUGCUACACUGCCACCAACGCUAGACCAGACAUACGAACGCAUUCUUUCCGCGAUAAGCGAAGCUGAUUCGGAGUACGCUAUUCGCAUCUUACGGUGGUUAACAUUCUCCGCACGGCCACUCUCAAUCAACGACAUCGCUGAAGUUGUCGCCAUUGACACGAAGCGAGAUCCUGUAUUUGACCGUGAUGAAGUUCUUGAGGAUCCACUAGAGGCAUUGCAUAUCUGCUCUAGUCUUGUUACUAUUACGGACAGCGACUCUGAACAAGACAGCGACUAUGAACAAGACAGCGACUGUGAGCUUGAAGAUGUAUCACAACAAAUCGUUGCGUUAGCACAUUACUCAGUCAAAGAAUACCUCAUGUCAGACAGAAUCUUGACAGGAGAAGCAGCAAAGUACGGCAUGCGAGAUGAUGCCUGCCAUUAUGCUAUGGCAAGAAGCUGCCUUGGCUACCUUCUCCAGUUGGAGCAACCAGAGCUACACGCAGCCUUCCUCGAAGAAUUCAGGCUCGCACGUUACUCGGCAGAGUACUGGAGUAGCCACGCUCGAAAGACAGGUGAACGAACAGAAGAUAUAGGCCAACUAGCAGCUCGCCUAUGCUCCAGGAACAGCUAUUUGUACGUCAACUGGAUUCGGUUGUGGGGUCCUGAGGAGCCUGAGGAUGACCCAUGCUUGCAAAGGAGACUAGAUCAGAUAUAUGAUCCGAUUUACUAUGCAGCAUUGUUAGGCCUGAAAGAUGUGGUCAAGCUACUACAACAGGAAUGCGCUCAAGGUAGCUAUAAGAACAGGCCACGAGCAAGUGUUCAAGCUACUGCUUGA